GGGUAGCUUUAGUCUCGUUGAUUAGCGUUUGCUCUCUGGUGAUGGGCAGUGCUGAGAGCUUUCAUUAUUAUGACAGGAGAUUCCGGUGCUUGGGGCUGUUAGUGGGGCUAGACUAGAGUGCCCUUGAACCUGUGCAUUGGUGUGGGUUGUGUUAGCAGGGGCCGUAGGGCUGGAGUGCUGCCAUCUCUGUAUAUGGAGUUGUGGGGUUUUGAUCUAUGUGUGCAGUUGUCUUGUGUCCUAUAUCCUGGACUCACAGAAAGACCUUAUCUCAAUUCCAGUGCCGCUGGACUGAUAAAGUUUUGGAGGUGGGGAUGGAGUCUCUGCUGUCAUAUCAGCCUCUGGCUAGUAGGUGUCUGAAAUGUUUGAGACUUCAGCCUUCUCAAACCCCGUUGGCAGAGAAUUCCAGUGCCUGCCUUUGCUGAUGCUAUAGCUUGCCAAGCAGCUAGAGAGCGAAACUGAUAUCGUUCUUGUUUACUUUGGAGUUUUCAGUAGAAGUAGGGAAAACUGAAUAAGGCUCUAGUAAUUUUUCAUUUUCUUGAAGCUCUUGAGUUCUGACCAAGUCACUGGAGCUGGCUGCCUGCCUCAGUUAUACUCAGUUCACAUUUGGUAGGGCCUUUGCAACUGUAAAGGCUAGGAAAACUUUAAUUGACAAGUAGAUUCUGGGGAAGUUGAUGGCUUCGCUCCCUGUCAGGCUAUGCUUCCAAAAGUCACAGGCGAGUGAAAUUUUCAGGCCUCAGUGAUAUAAGGCGGUGACAAGAUACUAUAUGUGCUGGAUGCAGGAGAGCUGAGGCUUGGGAACGUUAUGGAGGAGGGCUUUUCAUUAGGCAGAAGAUGGGAACAUAGAAUACAAGGUGCUAACUCGGAGCGUGUUUCCCAGAGCUGAAGCUGGUGAACCCCUCACAGUAUCGCUUUGAGCACCUGGUGACACAGAUGAAGUGGCGGCUGCAGGAAGGCCGGGGUGAGGCUGUCUACCAGAUUGGCGUGGAGGACAAUGGGCUACUGGUGGGCCUGUCAGAAGAAGAGAUGCGUGCCUCCCUCAAGACAUUGCGCCGGAUGGCUGAAAAGGUUGGAGCUGACAUCACCAUCCUGCGGGAGCGCGAGGUAGAUUAUGACAGCGAUGUUCCCAGGAAGAUAACAGAGGUUCUUGUCCGGAAGGUCCCUGAUAACCAGCAGUUCCUAGACCUGCGAGUGGCUGUGCUUGGGAACGUGGAUUCAGGGAAGUCGACGCUGCUGGGUGUCUUGACCCAGGGUGAGCUGGAUAAUGGGCGAGGCAGAGCCCGCCUCAAUCUCUUCCGGCACCUCCAUGAGAUCCAGUCAGGGAGAACAUCCAGCAUCAGCUUUGAGAUCCUUGGCUUCAAUAGCAAAGGAGAGGUGGUGAACUACAGUGACUCACGGACGGCAGAAGAGAUCUGUGAGAGCUCCUCCAAGAUGAUCACUUUCAUUGAUCUGGCUGGCCACCACAAGUACUUGAAAACCACCAUAUUCGGCCUCACCAGCUACUGCCCAGACUUUGCCAUGCUGGUGGUGAGCGCCAACACUGGCAUCGCAGGUACCACACGGGAGCACCUGGGCCUGGCCAUGGCGCUCAAGGUUCCCUUUUUCAUUGUCGUCAGCAAAGUGGACUUGUGUUCCAAAGCCACCGUGGAACGGACAGUGAAGCAGUUGGAGCGGAUCCUGAAGCAGCCGGGCUGCAACAAGCUGCCCCUGCUUGUGAACUCGGACGAUGAUGCCGUCACAGCAGCGCAGCAGUUUGCACAGUCUCCCAACAUCACGCCGAUCUUCACUCUAUCCAGUGUUUCUGGAGAGAACCUGGAUCUCUUAAAAGUUUUCCUCAACAUCCUUCCUCCUCUGACCAACAGCAAAGAGCAAGAGGAGCUGAUGCAGCAACUUACAGAGUUCCAGGUGGAUGAAAUCUAUACUGUGCCUGAAGUGGGGACUGUUGUGGGAGGAACUCUGUCCAGUGGGAUCUGCAGGGAGGGGGAGAGCCUUGUGGUCGGUCCCACUGACGAUGGCAAGUUCCUCCAGCUGAAGGUGUGCAGCAUCCAGCGGAACCGCUCCGCGUGCCGUGUGCUCCGGGCAGGACAAGCUGCCACACUGGCCCUUGGGCCCUUCGACCGCUCCCUCCUGCGCAAGGGCAUGGUGAUGGUGAGCCCAGAGAUGAACCCCACCAUCUGCUCAGUAUUUGAAGCCGAGAUCGUGCUGCUUUUCCAUGCCACGACUUUCCGAAAGGGAUUCCAGGUGACUGUGCACGUGGGGAAUGUGCGGCAGACGGCCAUCGUAGAGAAGAUCCAUGGAAAGGACAAGCUGCGGACAGGGGAGAAGGCUGUUGUUCGUUUCCGGUUCAUCAAACAUCCCGAAUACUUAAAGAUUGGCGCCAAGCUGCUGUUCCGUGAAGGAGUCACCAAAGGUAUCGGACACGUCACCAACCUCCAAGCUAUCACCACUGAAGAGAACAGCCUGGAUGAGAGCCUGGGGCCCGGGCAUUUGACCUUCUGACUCUCACUAAGUCUGAGAGAUCUCCAGACUCCAGCAAUGGAGGAAGAGAGAGCUGGGGGGAGUUGUCCUGCCCUUCACAUGACUGGAACUGCUGCUGUCCGGUUUUAGCAUGGGUUUCUCCUCUCCACACUGUGAGGAUGGAGCCCAGGAGAUCUCCGUUUGUUCAGUACCCCUCACGGGACAAGUUAAGCAUGUUGUCUCUGCAUCGUCUGCUGCUUUCAUUAUCCUGCCCUCCACCACAAUAGACCAGAGGCAGCCUUAGUCUGGGCAGGCGAGUCCUGGCUUUGUUUACAGUACUUUGGUGGGAAGUUUGUGGCUGAUAUGGUGCAAAGCUCCUGAGGUGCUGAGCAGCAAUGAAGGGAUGCUGCCACCUCUGUUUCAGUAUCAGUCCCACUGCAGCUCUCUGAGCAUUGGGCCUGACCCAUACUGUGUGUACCCGUCUCCCAGUCUUAGGCUUUUCCCUCCAGGGCAGAGACCUUUCGGAUGGCAUAGGAGGCCCAGCUACCCAGAGUGCAGAGACUUAGUUAAACUCGGGUUCACAAACAAUAAGAACCUGAGAAAAGUUGAGGACACUUUUAGCCCUUUUAAUCUUGAUUGAUUUUAAUCCCUCGUGUGCCCCCUUCUGUGUUCAGUAGCUCCUGCUUGGCUGUCCCAGCUCUUCCGCCAAACCAGCAUAAACAGGGAUCUCCUCACAGACUAGCCUCUGCCAGAUGGUGACUUGAGCCCCAUGCCCAUCCUAGUACUCAUGUCUUGUGGGUGGCUGGGGCUUCCCCCACACAUCCCAAUGCAACCAGCCUCCUCAA